ACCAACCGAGGCGCAGGGUCUCGCGGGUACGUCGUGUGCGCCAGGCCGCCCCUUCCCCAUCUUCCCAGUUCCAAUAGUUUCAAGCACCGUUUACUUUAGUCAGACGGUCUGAAGCUGGGGAAGUGACUGGUGGACCUGCUGUUAUUUUAUCAACCUGUUACCAGACUGUCACUGGUUGAAAGCGCUGAUACACCCCCCUGUUCCCCUCCCCGUGGAGUCUGUGUGGGCGACGGGAUGUCGGCUGCACCCAGCUCCUUCGGCCCGCAGCCGGUGACAGGAGGCGGGGAAGCAAUUCUGUCACGGGCUUCUGAGGCCUUUCCUCCCCUGCCUCUUCCACCACCGCCCCUCUCCCUCGUGGCCGGGGUUUUGGGCCCGGUAGAUGAAGUGGACUCGCUGGACGGUCCGGAAUAUGAAGAGGAGGAGGUGGAGAUCCCACUCAGCGCUCCCCCAACCAACCAGUGGUAUCAUGGUAAGCUGGAUAGAACUAUAGCAGAAGAACGCCUCCAUCAAGCUGGCAGGACUGGAAGCUAUCUUAUCAGGGAGAGUGAUCGUAGACCGGGGUCAUUUGUACUUUCCUUUCUUAGCAAAACUACUGCUGUCACUCAUUUUAGAAUAAUUGCAAUGUGUGGAGAUUUCUAUAUUGGAGGACGAAGGUUUUCAUCACUUUCAGACCUAAUAGGGUAUUACAGUCAUGUGUCAUGUUUACUUAAAGAAGAAAGACUUCUUUUUCCAGUAGCACCACCAGAGCCUGUGGAAGAUAGGCGGAGAGUUAGAGCUAUUCUACCUUACACUAAAGUGCCAGAUACAGAUGAAAUAAGUAACAGAAUUGAUGACAUCAUUGAGCAUUAUAAAAAAGAACAAAUUGUUGAAGGCUAUUUUCUAAAGGAGUCUGUCCCAGUGCAGCAUCAAGAUCAAGUACUGAAUGAUUUAUUGGAUGGCAAAGAAAUCUACAACACAAUCCGCCGAAAAACAAAAGAUGCCUUUUAUAAAAAUAUUGUUAAGAAAGGUUACCUUCUGAAAAAGAGUAAAAGUAAACGUUGGAAGAACUUGUAUUUUAUCUUAGAGGGUAAUGAUGCCCAACUUAUUUUUUUUGAAAGUGAAAAGCGUGCUACAAAGCCCAAAGGAUUAAUUGAUUUGAGUGUAUGUUCUGUCUAUAUAGUCCAUGACAGUCUGUUUGGCAGGCCAAACUGUUUUCAAAUUGUGGUUCAGCACUUUAGUGAAGAGCAUUACAUUUUUUACUUUGCUGGGGAAACUCCAGAACAAGCAGAGGACUGGAUGAAAAGUCUUCAAGCAUUUUGUAGUCUACGAAAAACAACCCAGUCCACACCUAACAAGCGUCUCCGUCAGGUCAGCAGUCUCAAUUUGCAUGUUGAAGAAGCACAUAAGCUGCCAGUGAAACAUUUUACUAGCCCAUACUGUAAUAUCUACCUGAACAGUGUGCAGGUAGCAAAGACCCAUGCGCGUGAAGGUCAAAAUCCUGUUUGGUCAGAAGAGUUUUUCUUUGAUGAUCUAUCUCCAGAUAUUAACAGAUUUGAAAUAAGUCUUAGUAACAAGACAAAGAAAAGCAAAGACCCUGAUAUCUUAUUUAUGCGGUGCCAGUUAAGUCGUUUACAGAGAGGACAUGCCACAGAUGAAUGGUUUCAGCUCAGCUCUCAUAUACCACUAAAAGGCAUAGAGCCAGGAUCUUUGCGUGUUCGUACAAGAUAUUCUAUGGAGAAAAUCAUGCCAGAGGAAGAAUACAAUGAGUUUAAAGAGCUUAUUCUGCAAAAGGAGUUACACGUGGUGAAUGCAUUGUCACUUGUAUGUGGACAGGAUCGAACACUAUUGGCCAGCAUUCUAUUAAAAAUCUUUCUUCAUGAAAGAUUUGAAGCAUUACUUUUACGAACACUAAAUGACCGUGAGAUCAGCGCUGAAGAUGAGGCUGCAACUCUGUUUCGUGCAACUACACUGGCAAGCACUCUUAUGGAGCAGUAUAUGAAAGCUACCGCCACACCUUUUGUUCAUCAUGCUCUAAAAGAAACAAUUUUAAAAAUAAUGGAAAGCAAACAGUCUUGUGAGUUAAAUCCGUCAAAGCUUGAAAAAAAUGAAGAUGUGAACGCUAACUUGGCACACUUGUUGACGAUACUGUCAGAGCUAGUUGAGAAAAUAUUUAUGGCAGCAGAAAUAUUACCACCCACAUUAAGGUAUAUUUAUGGGUGCUUACAGAAAUCUGUACAGCAAAAGUGGCCUUCUAACAACACUAUGAGAACAAGGGUGGUUAGUGGCUUUGUUUUUCUACGAUUAAUUUGUCCUGCUAUACUCAAUCCAAGAAUGUUUAAUAUCAUCUCAGAUUCUCCAUCUCCUAUUGCUGCAAGAACAUUGACACUGGUUGCAAAGUCUCUGCAAAAUUUAGCAAAUUUGGUUGAAUUUGGAGCCAAAGAACCAUACAUGGAAGGUGUGAAUCCAUUUAUCAAAAGCAACCGACAUCGUAUGAUCAUGUUCUUAGAUGAACUUGGGAAUGUACCUGAGCUACCGGAUACUACUGAGCACUCUAGGACUGACCUGUCCCGCAAUUUGGCAGCUUUACAUGAAAUGUGUGUGACUCAUUCUGAUGAACUUCGCACUCUUAGUAAUGAACGAGGUGCACAACAGCAUGUACUAAAGAAACUUCUGGCAAUCACAGAGCUUCUUCAACAAAAACAAAAUCAGUAUUCUGUAACUAACAAUACCAGGUAGCAGUCACUUGCAUAAGAUGCUGGAUGGAUUUAGCAUGCAGACCACCUGGAAAACUACUUCACAAUAUCACUUUGUUUUUGCCCUUUCUAAAAGUAGCACACAUUGCCACAUAGCAUAUGAUGUGUUGGACUGUGCAGCAAAGAGUAUUCUACUGACCAGUGUUUGUGUCAGCACCUUUUAAACUAUUUGUGCAAUUAAGUUGCACUUUACACUCUCUUGAAAAGACUUCCCCAAACCUCUGAGCCUCUAUCUACUGAUGCUGCAAAGAGCAGAGCACGUUUCCAUGCAUCAUGCCAAAGUCUACACACCCAAAACCUGUCAACUGACAGUAAGAACUUUUUGCUUUUGGACACUCAUUUAUAACUGGAUUACAAGCUAUUUUUAUACUGUAAUUUCUAACUGGUUCUGUUAUAUUAUUUCUGACUGUUCAUUCAAUAUGAACGUUGGUUCAUUUCAAGACUGACUUACAAGUGCUACUUUUUUAUUGUAUUUGUGUUUCUUGGAUCACAUUAAUAGAUACAAAAUCUUGUCUUAUGUGCCAUUGAUUGACGUAGCACUUCGCCAUGAAAACAUGACAGAAAAAAAAGCUUUUGUAAAAUGUUUACAUUGGUAAAUAAUUUGAUUUCAUUAAAUUUAUUGAUUGUUGUAUCUGUUGUGCAUGCAUUAAACUUUUUUGUAAAGUA